GCCAAGGGAGGAAGUGUCGUAACAGCUGACAGGAAACUUGGCCGCGUGUUACGGCAGGGGCGGCCGCGCUUGGCGGCCGGUGGAUGAGCGGAGAGUGGGAGCCGCGGCGCUGAGGAGUCGCGGGGGAUAUGGCCGAGGUACCGCCGGGGCCUAGCAGCGUACUCUCCCCGCAGGGGGACACGCUCUCCCCCUUCCCCGGAGGAGGAGGAGGAGGGGGGACUGCUUCCUCCUCCUCUUACACCUUUUCUGCUGCCGCCGCCGUCUGUACCGGGGCCCAGGACGAGGAGGCCGAAGAGGAGGAGGAAGAGGAGGGACCCGCGGGAGGACUGGAGCAACAGCGAGGAGGAGGAGGAGGCAGCGACGGAGGCAAAGGGGGGCAGCAGCACCGCCACCACCAUCAUCAUUCCCCGCACCACAACCACCAGCUCAACGGCCUUAUCAGCCCCGAGCUGCGGCAUCUGCGGGCCUCCCUCAAGGGCAAAAUCCUCACCUCGGAGGCAGGGGUAGCUCCCGAGGGGCUGGAGAACAAGCGAGCCAGCAAAACAAUGGGCUCUGGACAGCAGCAGCAAUCGUCGCCCCCAACCACAGCACCGUGCUCAUCCUCCCUUACCAACCACCUCCCUCUUCAGGGAAGGACUGCACCCUCUCCUCCUCCUUCUCCUCCAGCAGCAGCAACAAGAGAGGACAGUAGCCAGCCUGCUGCCACAACUACGACUGCUGCUAAGACUGCAGCCGACAGUGGACUGGCAGAAGGGACUGGCUUGGAGGAGGAAGAGCAGGAGGAGGGGAAUAAAGGAGGGGAGCAGGAGGAGUCCCUGCUGCUACUCUCCGGGUCCUUAGCAGCAGCUUGUAGUUUGAAAGGCUCGGGAACGGACUCUCAGCCCGAGGAGGACAUAACGAUACGAUACGUCCAAUAUGAGUCAGAGCUGCAGAUGCCCGAUAUCAUGAGACUGAUCACCAAAGAUCUGUCUGAACCCUACUCCAUUUACACAUAUAGGUAUUUUAUCCACAACUGGCCACAACUUUGCUUUUUGGCCAUGGUAGGUGAGGAGUGUGUAGGUGCCAUCGUCUGCAAGCUGGAUAUGCACAAAAAGAUGUUCCGCAGAGGUUAUAUAGCCAUGUUAGCAGUGGAUUCCAAAUACAGAAGAAAAGGAAUUGGUACAAACUUGGUUAAGAAAGCUAUUUAUGCUAUGGUUGAAGGAGAUUGUGAUGAGGUUGUAUUGGAAACAGAAAUCACAAAUAAGUCUGCUUUGAAACUUUAUGAAAACCUUGGUUUUGUGCGAGACAAGAGGCUGUUCAGAUACUAUUUAAAUGGAGUUGAUGCACUGCGUCUUAAACUAUGGCUGCGUUAAAAGAAACCAUCAAAUCAAGAAACUGACGUCCCAACAGCGCAGGGUUGUCCUUUGCAUGCAAUGCAAUUUGUACAAAAUUGCUUUGCAGGUGGACUUAGUAAUUUUCAUACAGCUCUUAAUCUGUCAGUGUCUCAUUGAGUGUCGCACAUAUUUGUUGCACUUUGGCAUGGCGCAUUUGUUCAGAAUUAAAAUCGAUUGUUUCCGACUUCAAGUUCUUUUGGUACCAGCAAGAUGUGCCAGUUGAUAACCAAGAUAUUUUCAUUCGUUUGCAAGUCUACUGACUGUAUUACAUACACAGUGAACGUUUUAUCAAAGAACCUGUAUGUGGAACAUGACUUCUGGUUCCAGAAAAAAGCCAACGUAGAUUGUAAAAUUCUAUGAGUAUACUAACAUUUCAUACAAAAAUUGCCAUAGUUUUCUGGGAAAAGGCUUCAAUUUUAGGUUUUAUUUUUCAAUAUUAAAUUUUCCAUUCUUAAAUAUUGGUACCUCAGUGAUUAGUGAAUGAAAAAAUGUAUUGUAGGGUGGGGUGUGUGUUACAAUGAGUAACAGUAACAAUUAAAUUGCGUCUGCCAGUGCCUGUAUAGAUAAGUAUAUUUGUCUUCACCUCUUAAGUUUGGAGUGCAUGCUUUUAUUCUUUUACUUUCUUCAGUUGUCUUUGCAAGAAAAUUUCUGCUUUUAUUUAAAUUCUGGAUUUGAUAAUAAAUUAUUUCAGAUUUUUAUAAUUUGGAUACUUCUCCCAAAUUAGGGUUUGGAAGACCCUUCUUUUCUUAUAGCAAGAAGUGUAAGCUAUUUUGAAAACCUUGAGUAGCUGCUAAAAGAGAACCUGAUGUCACCAGUAAAUCUCUGCUGGUCUUGGAUGCACUUUUUUCAUUAAAAGAGUGAGGGACUUUUGAAAGAAUAUAUAGAAAAUUAAUGUAAAUUGGUAUGAUUUUAUUUAAUCAAAAUUAUUGCUAGAAGCUCAGAAAAACAGCUGUUUUAAGAUAGUUAGAACAAUUUUUUUUCAGAUUCAGAGUGCUUUGCUUCACUGUUCUAAAAUGCUUCACUCUUGGUCUUGGAAAUAAAUUUCAAGGUGUAUUGUAUGCAUUUUUAGCUGCUCUAAUUUUCUCUAAACUUUCAUGAGCUAAAUUAUUGGGGGAUCUUCACCCUCUAAAAUCAAAGCAGAGGGGAAGGACUUCUCUCUUUCUCGCAUUUGCUCUUGCUCUGUUUUUCUCUAUUUUUCCCUUUUCCUUUCUGAAAUUGGGCUUACAUAGGUUUUACCAACACCCAUCAAUAUUUUCAGUAAUUACAGUGUCUAGGCUUUCUUGUUCAGUGUAAUUAUACAGCCCAGUUGUAUGAAUGAGUUUGAUUUUUUCACUUUGGAAAGAAAGGUAUUAAUUGGCUUGUGGAAACACCUAUGUAACCUGUGAAAAGGAUGAACUCUCAGUGAAUCUGCUUUUCUGUAGCUGAGCGUACUCUUCAGAUUUGCCUUACUACACUUUUUUUUUUAAUUAUUAUUAUUUUUGAGGUUUGGUUUGAGUCAUGGGGUUUUUUUUGCUAAUUACUAUACACUUACAAACAAAACCAACAGAACCCCUACCUCCAGUAACAUUUGGAAAAGAGCCCUGUGCAGGAAAACUUGCUUUAGAGGGACGCCUUAUUUUGCACAGACCAAUCGCACAUGGUGGUGGACAUUUCUUACCACGUACAAAUCAUGAGUUGUAUUUGAAAAUAAAAGAUUUUUAAUGGAAAUUGGCCCUUCUGAGUUUCUGCUUGGAGACACCAUUUAUGCUUUUGAGGGGGCUUAUAUUCCUCAGUAAAGAAAACAUGCUUAAAAUGAUGCCCAAGAGAAGAUAUAAUAAACUAGAGACUGCUAUUCACAGAACGUGUUGAAUUCAGCAUAAAACCUGUAUGUUGCCACUGCUGACUUGUGACGUGCUAAAACCUUUUGUUCAUGUCAUCCCGAUUGCCAGGUUUGCCAGUUUUUCUGGGUGGCUUUUCAGGAGGUUUUGUUCAUAGUUCAGCCCUAAUUGUCAGUAAUGUUAAAUCAGUCAAAACAGAUUUCUGUUCACCAUGUUCCAGAUGGAACCAUGACUGCUCUGGCUUGCUUGAUCUAAGGGGACAGAUCAGAGAGGUUUCUUACCUUGUUAAUGGCUGUUGGAAUUGUAUUGCACAUUGCAAAAGGGGCAAGCUUUUGUGUCUGCUGAUGUUUAAAAACUGAAAAGCCAGACAGGCAAGUUUUCUGUGGGUUAAUAUUUAAGCCAUGGGUGUCUUCAGAUUCAAAAGCUAACUUAAAAGUUAGCUGAAAUCACUUUUCACGAAGGCACUGCCAAAAUCAUUAUUUCUAAGCAAACUUCAAAUACAAUUCUGUUUGUUUGUUGUAAGAAGUAAUUGUCGCUGUGCACGUUUUGAAAAUACUGCGCAAAAUAGGUGCAUGUUUCUUUUAAAAGAGCGCGUUACCUGAAAGGUUUUAAUAUUGCUGCUGUGUAGUACACAGCUCACAAUGGGAGAUUCUGAAGCUGUAUGUGUUGGCUCAUAUUAAAAGAAACAGAUUUGUUCUCUGUGUUGCUUGGGAUUUGGAUAUCAAGUGGGAAGUUUUGAAUUUGCAAAGAGAUGAAAACAGGUUGAAAAGUUGAUGAAAAGAGAUGAAAAUGAAAAGUUGUUUUUUUUUUUCUCAUGUCUGUUGCUGAAACACAGUUCUUUCACCCUCAUCUUUUGCAUUGACAAAUCUUAACUAAGGAGUUGAUCACUUUUAUAUUUAAAUUUGCCCAAAUGUUACUGUUGGCUGACAUGUCAGUAUGGAUGUUUGUAUUGUUUUUUAAGAAAUGAUCAGGUUCAUCACCUUCAAGAAAAUAGGCAUAACCUAAUUGGCAUUGCAUAGUACAUCACAAACUGUUUUUCAGGGCACUGCAAGACAUCGCUAAAACUGAGUGCUAUGUUACAAAGAUUUCAGGUCUUGUGUAAACAUUACAACCUAUAUUGGAGUUCAGGUAUCAGGUGGGCAUCUGAAAAUAUCAAGUGUAUCUCAAAAUACUGGACUGCUGUUUUAAGUGGAUUAUACUCUUCUAUCCCUUUAUCCUUUUUGAUGAGAACAAAAACAGUGGAUUAUGAAAUGUACAAGCUGUCUAAAUACGAUGCAGUCAAAUAAAUGGUUGUUUAUUUCCUUUUUA